AUGAAAGAUAUAGCGUUUCACAAAUACACUAGACCGACCUCUAUUCAGGCCCAAGCUAUGCCGGUUGCUCUUCAUGGAAGGGAUCUUUUAGGUUAUGCAGAGCUUGGGAGUGGGAAAAUUGCUGCUUUUGCAAUUCCAAUGAUCCAGCAUUGCUUAGCCCAGCGUUCUGUUCGGCGAGGUAAUGGACGUCCUAUUGCGUUAGUGUUGGCACCUACCGGAGAACAUGCCCGACUAAUAGGAAAAGAGGUUAAGGCCUUCAGUAGAUCCGUGGAGUCCUUCAGAACUGCUACUGCUGUGGGUGGAACAAAUAUGGCAGAGCAGGUGUUUGAGUUGCGGGCAGGAGUAAGUAUUGUGGUUGCCACCGCUGGAAGCUUGAUUGACCAUUUACAACAAGGAAACACCCGCCUCUCUAGGAUCUCAUUCGUUGUUUUGGAUGAGGCCGACAGAAUGUUGGACAUGGGGUUUGAGCAGCAGAUUAGAAAGGUGAUGCGAAAUCUUCCCGUAAAGCACCAAACUUUGUUGUUCAGUGCAACAAUGUCAGUAGGAAUUGAAACCCUUGCACCGGUAGAGAUUUGUGCGUUAUCAUCAUGGAUUCAAAUUUUUGUACAUCCCGUUUUAAGAGUUCACAUUUUCAUUUGUCCUACGUUUAACGUGACUGAUCCAGAUAUCUGCACUUCUUUUUCGUGGUUUGAUUUCACUAGAACAAUGUAUACUGAAAUAAGAAUUUGCUUGAUAUUAGAUAAGUACUAUAAUUUUAAUUUCAUUUCGAAAAGUCUACAGUGGUAUGCUGCUCUGAGUACUAAUGAGCUAGAGGCCACUACCAGUGGGGCAGUCCCAAGUUGGGUACUAUAG